AUGGAUACAUCUAGUCGAUCAAUUUCCUCAAGUUCUUCCAUAAAAAAAUUCCAGCCUGUCUCAUUUAUCCCAGGCAAAGUGUUUCUAACAGAAGCUAAACAAGAAAUAGCAAUUCCUGUAUUAUUUACUUAGCAAGGACUCGAUGAAAAUCCUCUAUAUGAGCAAAUGCUGGUAAAGCAAAUGCGCUCUGAAAAGAUCAUUACAAGGACAGGCCUUCACAAGCCAGAUGAAUCUAGUGAUAAAAAAGUGUGAAAAGAAAAUUAUUCAAAACAAAGUCUCGAAUUAGAAAAAAUAAAAGCAUUUGAGCGUCAAAAGCAAAUAAAUGAGCGAUAUGACCAAGAAAUGAGGAGACAAGAAGAGAAUCGUGCUAAACAAGAAGCGUUUUAUAAAAGAAAAUAUUUGCAAUACUUGAAAAAAAUCACGUUUGAACCAAAUGACCCAAAAUAUCUAAAAUCACCGUUUCAGCCUGGAUUUUAUUUUUAUGAAGCAUUAUUAACAAAUCCAAAGUACCCUUGCUCUUUGCUUCAUAUAAACAUUCCUCAUACUUUUUAUAUAUCAGAAUCCAGAACUUAUUGGAUCACAACCAAUGAAGAAAGCGGCAGAGUUCAAAGUCUUCAAGAUUAUAAUAAAUUUGAAGUCCACAAUUCAUUGCAAAGAUAUAAAGAUGAGCAAUUAGGAGUUAUUGCAAUUUUUAGGCACCCUGUUAGCGCAACUAAUAUGGAAGCAAACCCUCUAAACUCAUUAGAAUUUUCUGACAAAAUCCUAAAAGGCUCCUUGCCAAGUGGAACAAUGGUUCAAAGAUACAUCAAAAGUCAUAGUGAUCGUCCAUGCACAAUAAGACUCUUUUAUAAUAAUAAAAACAAAGAAAACAGAGCUUCAUAUGCUUAUUGUAUAACUAGUAGCCAAAGAGCGAUGGAAAAAUUCUCUCAAACAAAAAUAUGUGUUUGCAGUCAAAUAGUUGAUGGAAUUGAUAUAUACCAAUUGCCCGAGAAUGGCGCUAUCUUGCGCCAUCCUCGGGCAGUUCAAAAAUGGCCCCACACCGGGAAUUGAACCCACGUGUGGGGCCAUUUUUGGUGUGUGGUCAACAUCGACUUACACGCACCAAAAAUGACCCACACGUGGGUUCGAUCCCGGUGUGGGGCAUUUUUUUGAAUUGCCCGAGGAUGGCGCAUGAUAGCGCCAUCCUCGGGCAAUUCCUAUAUAUCCGAUGCAUGGAGAAGCAAUCUUAGGCUUGGAAAGUUAUGCAAAAGAAAUUGUUGAAUUCUUGCAAAAUGCUUACACUGUAAGAAUAAUUGAUAUUGUACUUGACUUUAUCAAGGAUAAGGAUGGAAAAUGUUGAUUUAUUGGAUGCAAAGGAUUCAAUUUAGACGAAAACGCGUUAAAAUGCAGAGAAAUAAGAAUUGAAAACGAGAAAAUUAAAUCGCCAGCUGUAAUUAGAGACGAACUAGAAGAGAUUCGAGAGCAAAGAUUAAGUUCAAUGCAUUGCAAAUUGUGCUUGUUGCCGUUUAAAUUAUUUGAGCUUGAGCAUGUUCUUCCAUAUAAAAUGUUGUUGCUGUACAAGAGACAUACACGAAAGUCUGGAAGGAAAUCAUUGCAGCUUUCACAUAUUCGUCCACUUGCAAUUGACUUCCUAAGUCAUUGAGUAAGAGUUUGCAAUAUCUGCCAUAUGCUUGUGCUUCAAGAGUAUGAACUUAUGGAAACCGAAAUAAAAUUAGCUAAAAAACUGAACAUCUCUAUAAAACCAGAAGACUUAACAAGGAAGCCAACUUAUAAGCAUCCUCCAUUUCUCCCAUCUGUGGCUAUGCAAUGAAGAGUGCUUAUAUACUUAAAGAACAUUGAUUACAUAAACUUCAAAAGCUGAAGAGAGCACAAUUUAUAUCUCAAUUUCAAUAUUUUUGAAAAAUCACAUAUUAUAAAAUUGCCUCAAAGUCCUUAUAAAAACAACAAAAUUAGAUUGAGAAGAACCAGAUUAUUUUAUUUCUUUACCCAAGAUGCAGCACAUUGCAAGAAUUUAUGCAAUUCUGAAAUAAUGAAACUUACAAUGAUAGAAAAUAAAACAAAAAUUAUUUCAGCUGGGGAAUCCAACCCUUUUAAAUUAUUUUCAUGCGAAAUGGAGGAUAAAGAAUCAAUUACUCAAUUAUGGGAAGUCCCUUUAUUUCUUAACCAAAUCCAUUUUAUGAACCUAAAAUUUGUAGUGGGGCUGGCAAAGGAUCAUUCUCUAAACCCUAGAAAGCUACCAGUAAAUAUAAAUAAAUACAAAACGAUUUAUAUGCCUGAUGAUACUUACUUUAGUUGCGAGCCUUUGCCUAUUGGGUGGAUGGAGCUUUUUAAUGAAAAAUACAAAGAAGAUAUAACAAGUCAACUGUUAAGUUCAUCAGAAGAAAUAGAAGAUGUGUAUUCGCCUGAGCUAAAUGAAGAUUUAAUUUAUAGCUCGCCUAUGAUUUCCGGGAAAAUUCUCCACGUUAAUGUAGAUUUAGAUCCAAGAAAAAAGCCAAAAAAUAACUUCAGCAUUGAGAGCUUUGAAAGGAGAAAUUUUAGUCCUUCAAAAAAGAUUUUGAGUCCUUCAACCUCUAAAAGUCAAAUAACUGAUUUAACGAGCACAAGAAUAAGAUCAGCUAAUUAUUCCCCCAUUUUAUAGUGAGCAAGCUGUUUUACUUGCUUAUGAAGUGGGCAAAUUUGUUUUAAAGAAAAUUUAUAUAAAAAUAUAUAAUAAACAUUUUAAAUAUUUGAAAAGAAAGAUCUACUUUAAUUGUGAAAUUUAUCUUAAGAAAGUAAGCUGUCAGAAUUUUAAUCAUUGCUAAAUCUCAUUAUAAUAGUCAUUAGUUAUAUAUAAAAUUAUUUAAUAGAAAAAAUUUUUUAUAUAAAAAAGUUUUGCUCCUUCGUAAAUUUUCCAGGAGUUUUGGUAGCUUUUUAAAAUAGGGAGUAAGCAUACAAAAGCAUCCUUAAACUCUGCAUCCACAAGUUUAACUACCUCAGCAAUGCUCUUGAAAAAACCUUCAAAAUCACUAGUAUCCCCAACUUAUGUGCCAAACAGAACGUCCAUAGUAAGCCCAGAAUCAACUAAUUGUGGGCACAGUAAAAAUGCUUCUGUAGAUGAAAUAUACAGUUGUAAGCAAGAUGUAACAGAUCCAAGUAGCCGAAUUGAAAACUUGCUAAAUACAGUUUCAGUAUAUUUAACAAGAAGAGGGUACAAUGAUAAAAGCGAAGCGGCAACUUCUCCUCAGUGCUCACCAAAGCAUGAAAAGGAGCAAAGUGAAGAUAAAUCUCAAAAGAAAAUAAUAAAGAGGAAGGUCUAUAGAGAUCAGUCUAAUAACUCAUAUAACGGAAAAGUAACAUCAAGACUAAAUAGAUUGCUGGAAGUUUAUUUAGCUUAA